UAUCCAAUCAGGAAGUAGACUAGUAUCCUAUCACAUGAGACCACCCGCUACAUAAGGUGUCAAGAGAGUUCACUGACAGCAACAUCAGAGUCCGUUAGCACAGGUGCUAUUGAUGGUGAAUUAACUUUUGGCCAGUCGGCACGGAGCUGCACAGCAGACAUGAGGGAGGGAUAACGGUGGAGAUGACAGGGCAGACAGACCAGGAAGAACCCGAAACGGGAGCGAUCUUCACAUUUGGAAAGAGCAGUUUUGCUGAUAAUGUGCCAAGCAAAUUCUGGCUGAAGAAUGACCACGCGGUGCACAUGUCCUGUGGAGGACAGCACAGUGCCGUCGUCACAGGAAAUGGGCGGUUGCUCGUGUUUGGUGAUAAUACUUGUGGCCAGCUGGGACUGGGAUUAAAACCUGCUGCCAGUAAACCUGCCUCUGUGAAAGCCUUGAAGUCUGAGAGGGUACACCUUGCAGCUUGUGGGAAAGAUCACACAAUUGUCUCCACACGUCGGGGCGAUGUGUAUAGUGCUGGUAGUAACCAUGAGGGGCAGCUGGGACUGGGUCACUACAGCAACACUACGUCCUUUCAGCUUCUGCAUCCUUUCUGCGACUGGGCACCGAUUAAAAUGCUUUCUGCAGGACUCAACACCUCAGCUGCCUUAACGGAGGAUGGGAGGCUGUUCAUGUGGGGAGACAACUCCGAGGGCCAGAUUGGUUUAGGGGACGAGGGAUUUGCAGCAGAUCCCCGAGAGGUGAGAAUCGGAGAAGCGGUGACGUGGGUCUCUUGCGGGUACCACCACUCAGCUUUUGUCACAGUGCACGGCGAUCUCUUCACGUUUGGUAAGAGUGCAAACGGACGGCUGGGCCUCCAGGCGGAGCAGCUGGCCAAUCACAGAGUCCCUCAACGAGUGCAAGGCAUCCUGGGUCGUGUCACACAGGUGUGCUGUGGAGGAGAGCACACUGUGGCACUCACAGAGGAGAACGUGUACACGUUCGGCCGGGGUCAGUACGGUCAGCUGGGCCAUGGAACAUUUGUCUUUGAGCUUCAUUUGCCAAAACCACUGGAGCACUUUUGUGACAGCGGCAUCAGACACAUCUCCUGUGGAGAGAACCACACGGCUGUCACCACAAGCAGUGGGCAGCUGUAUACGUUUGGUGACAGUCGUCAUGGAAAACUGGGUUUAGGAGAGGAGAACUUCAUCAACCAGUUCAGCCCGAUGCCCUGCACUCGUUUCCACCAGUACAAUGUUCACGCAGUGUCCUGUGGUGGAAACCACACGUUGGUCCUAGCUGCACCCAGAGCUCCAGACAACCAGGAAGUGACACCAGAGAAGGAUGUCAAAAAUAAAGGAAACCUUGUUGGGUCAAGUUAUAUAGAAAUUGCCUUUCAAGACACAUUUAUUGAUCAAACUCGGGUUGUCCCACUGUCAGCUCUGUUUGCUCGGGCCCGUCACAGAGAAAAGGAGAGUCCUGUGGAGCUGUUUGGGGGGAUGUUUCAGAACCUCCCACGCCUUAACUCCGGCUUCCUCAACACAUCUUGGCAAACCUCCAGAAAUAUCCUACCUCCAAAAACGCCUCCAAAGGACAUCACUACCCCUUCAUCAUCCCCCAAACCACAAUCGGAAGCAGCAGCGAGCCCACUUCUCUCCCCCAGAUCUCGCUCUGUAUCCCCUAAGAGUUCAGUGUUAUCCUCUCAGCCAUCAAGCCCACGUUCUCAAUCAUCCUAUGCUCGUAAAAAUAAAGGCUCCUACGCUGCUGCUUCCUCCAACUCUCGGCCCAAACAGUUAUCUUCUGCCUUAUUGUCACCUAAAGCUACAGCUAAAUCUAACCUCAAUAUCCCCGUGUCUACUAAGAAGAGGGCGUUAAUCGCUAGAAAGGCCUCAAGUGACAAACUGUCAUCUCCUUUACAACCUAAAGAGCCCUGCAGCCCGAGCAGACCCCCCACUCGCCUCUCCAAUAAAAACCCCAGGGAGGAAGAGCAUCCUGCCUCACCGCAAACAGAGAGUGAAACCAUUAAGACACAAACAGUCGCUGCAGGCGUGGAAGAGGAAGGAGUCGACCGGUCACCAUAUACGGGAAAGAAAAGGGGCAGAGAUCUUAGGCAAAUUGCAAAGGAGGCAGAGGCAGAACAGCUCCAGGCCAAAGGGAAAACAGACCACAACUCUCUGAAGGCCCUACCCACAGAGCUUCUGAAAGGCUCCAGUCCCUUAAAGAAGGAAAUGUCUCCACGGAAGAGUACAGACAAAAGCCGCAAAGUCUCAUCUAAAGGCAAAGAGAACAUUACGGUGGAGUCUGACAAAAUCAAAGCUCCACAAGACAGAGAGGCUCAAAAGAAGAGCUCCCAUUUUAAAAUGCCUGUGCAGGGGAAGGGCAAACCAUCUGAACAUAGUCCAAAAACACAACAGUCUGUUCGAAGGACGCUGACUGAAGCAAAACAAAGCAAAAAAAAUAAUUUGAAAAAAAGUAAUAUAAACGCCAGUUCUUCUGAGAAAGACGUGAUCAGAUCUCUGACAAGGGAGAAAAUAAAAUCACCAGCUUUAGACAAGACAUCUCCCAGUAUUAAGGUCACUAAAGGAAAUGAAACGCCCAGUUCAAUAUCCACAGAAAGCGCUGCAAAGGAAGAUGUAGAAAACCAGCUUACAAGCACUGACGUAAAACCUGAGACGCAGCGUGUCACAUCGACUCAAAUAACAGAUCUGCGCCCGGUUAAAUCUGCUCCAGGAAAAGGUCAGAGUACAGCAGUGGAUAUAAAAUCACCGCCAGCGAAAAGAGACAUCAGACACGUCAAAACAGCCUGCGAAACUAAGAAACCUACAAGUGUGAAAUCCACACCUGUGAAAGUUAAAGGAAAAGCACGAGAGCUCAAAUCCGCACCUGUCAAAGAUCAAGGUAAAAGUGGAGAAAACACUCGCGUUAAAAGUAAAAGCAAAGAGAAAGACGAGGGAAAUGAGUUGAACUUUGCCAAGAACGCGUCUGAAAAAACAAAGAUUAGAACUGUAGGUGAGCAGAAGUUAAAUGAAGUAAAGGUCAAGGAGAAGACAAAGGGAGCUGAAAAUGAAGAGAGGGGGAAAACUCAAGCGAGAGGAAAGGAGAUCAAAGUUAAAGACGCAGGUGACGUUGACUACGUGGAUAAUACGACGGCCGAGCCGGUGAGUAAGGAGACUAAAGCUUCCAGACUUUUGUCAUCACAGCGGGAUACACCUAUUGAAGCGAUACAUAAGCCCAUUUCCUCUCAAAGCCCCGAGAGAACUGAGGUAGUUUCUAUCAGCGGUGCCAAAUCCCCGCAAGGCCCUGAACCUGCUGGAACGGAUUCUGACGCAGCCAGAGAGAAUACGGAGAGCCUGACUGAGGAAAAACCAAGGUGGGGGGAAAUUCUCAGUAAUGCGUCAUCUCUUCUUCCUGCGGUUGGGAUAGCAGGUGCAGCUAUCGGGGCCCUUAGUGAGGCAGUGUCAGGAUUCCAGUCUGACAGUGACAAAUCUACCUCCACAACACCUAAAACACCAAAACUGUUCACCAAGCAGAGAGCGAUUACGCAGCCUUCCCUCUCCUCCGCGUUGAUUCAUUUUUCUUCAACGGAGGCAUCAGAGGAAAUGGAAGGCAGCACGGAGACACACGAUAAGGAGGGUGCAGACAAAGAAGAGGAAGGUGAUCAUACCACAUAUGAUCCAUCAGAGCAGGAGGCCACCAGGAGUGUCCUGUCUGAGCGGACCACCAGUGGAGACGUUUCCCAACGACAAGGUGAGGAAGAGGAUGAAGGGGAGGACACGUCUAAGGUGGAGGAAACAGAAGACGAGGAGGAAGAGAGUGGAAGCGGUGUGGAAGACAAAGACGAGGAGGAGGAAGGUGGCAGUAGUAGCGAUGAUGAUGAUGAAGAGAGUAGUAGUUCUGGAGAGGAUGAGUCCGUGGAAGAAGAGGGUGAGGAGAAAACGAGCUUGAGCAGCGAGGACGAGGACGAAGGCAGCGAAGCUACAAAGACUGAAGGGGAGGAAGAAGAGGAAGAGGCGAGCAGUAAGGAAACAAGUGAUGGAGGGAGUGAGACAGGAGGGGAGGAAGAAGGUGAAAGUGAUGAGUCUAGCGAAGUAGAAAGUAAAGGAGAGGAAGAGGAGAGUGAAAGUGAAGAGUCUAGUGAAGGAGAAAAUAAAGGAGAGGAAGAGGAGAGUGAAAGUGAAGAGUCUAGUGAAGGAGAAAGUAAAGGAGAGGAGGAGGAAAGUGAAAGUGAUGAGUCUAGUGAAGGAGAAAGUAAAGGAGAGGAGGAAGAAAGUGAAAGUGAUGAGUCUAGUGAAGGAGAAAGCAAAGGAGAGGAGGAAAGUGAAAGUGAAGAGUCUAGCGAAGGAGAAAGUAAAGAAGACGAAGAGGAAAGUGAAGAGUCCAGCGAAGGAGAAAGUAAAGGAGAGGAGGAGGAAAGUGAAAGUGAAGAGUCUAGUGAAGGAGAAAGUAAAGGAGAGGAAGAGGAAAAUGAAGAGUCUAGUGAAGGAGAAAGUAAAGAGGAGGAGGAGGAGAGCGGGGUGACUGAGGAUGAAGAAGAGAAAAGUAGUGAUGAAUCCGAGAGUGCUGACAGCAGGAGUGAAGAGGAGGAGGAGGAGGAGGACAACGAGGAGAGUGACACUGAAGAAACUGCUAAAAGUGAAGAGGAGGAGGAGGAAGAGUCUGAAUCUGAGGAGGAAAAAGACUCCACCAAGAACGAGGAUGAGGAAGAAGAUGAAGAGACAGAAGAGAAUGAAGAAGAGGAAGAUGGUGAUGAGGAAGAAGAAGAAGAAGAGGAAAAAAGUGUCAAGGAAGAGGAUGAUGAGGUGUCUGGAGAGGAUGAGGGUGAGGAGGAAGAGGAAGAGGAAGAUGAGGUGUCUGUAGAGGAAGAGGGUACAGGUGGUGAGGAAGAAGGAGAUGAGGAAGAGGAGGAAGAAGAGGGUGAAGAGGAAGACAGUGACGGUGAGGAGGAGAAAGACUACAUGGAGGUGACUGAGAAGUCAAUGCAGAGUGAGGAGGAGGAGGAGGAGGAAGAAAGUGAGGAAGAGAAAGAAGAAGAUACAAAGAUUAAACAGAAAACAGAGACAAGACUGAAGAAUCAGAGAGAAGAAAGAAAAUGGGAAGAGUCUAAAACCAACAAAGGUAAUGAAGACGAAGAGGAAGAAGAAGAGGGAGAUGAAGAGGAAGAAGAUAGUAAGGAAAAGGGAAAGGAGAGUGAGGAAGAGGGGGAGGAGGGAGAAGGAGAAGAGGAGGAAGAAGAAGGCGAGGAAGAAGAGACAGAUGAAGAUACAAAGUCCAAAGAGAAAACAGAGACAAGACUAAAGAAUCAGACAGAAGAAAGAAAACAGGAGGAAGAGGAGGAGGAGGAAGAAGGAGAGGAGGAAGAUAAAGAGGGACAGGAUGAGGAGGAGGAAGGUGAGGAAGAGGAAGAAGAGGAGGAGGAAGAAGGUGAGGAAGAGGAAGAAGAGGAGGAGGAGGAAGAAAAAGCAAAAUCAACAAAAGCUAAAAAAGUCGGCAAACAGAAGUUGCCCCUUAAAGCUGCUCUGUCAGACAAAAAACAACAGAAAGAAGUGCCCAAGCCAGCACCGAGAACAAAGCAGAAACAAGAUGGAUCUGAGUUCUGGGACGACGUGCUGCCUCAGUACCUGGACCUGCAGUGAUGUAACCACACACAAACAAACCUGCUGCCUGUGAGUCACACUCUGCUAAACGUUUGAAAGCAUCAAUCCGGUGUUGUUCCCUAUUUGUGCUUCCUGUCGGUGGAUUUGAAAACACACACACAAAUGUUUUUUUCAGUUCUCUGCACAUGUAUAUACUUAUUUGAGCUUGAACACACCACAAAGACUAAACUGGCCCCUAUGUUCUGCGGGAGAGGACAUAACUCUCCACACCAGCAGGGGCAGUAGUCUGUAAUCAUCAUACAAACUGUCUUACAGAGCUGGCCUCUUCCUGAAUCAUACGGAUCAAUUCAUUCAUUCAAAAUGAUCAAGAUCAAGUUGUGAAAAUAUUUGUCUAUUUGAAUGUGCAAAUGAGAAGAAAUAAAACGACGUGUUCCCUCUUAA